AUGUCCACAUGCCCUGAGCUCGAGCCUUCAGCUUUCUCCCAGAGUCUCCGCCACGGGGCUGGCGGUGGCGGUUGCUGUGGGGCGCGGGCAGCGAGCGCCGCUGGAGUCGCGGCUGCAGACGAUGAAGUGCAAACGCUGUCGGGCAGCGUGAGGGGGGCCCCGUCCGGACCCCCCAGCACCCCCAGCACCCCUAGCACCCCAAGCAGUGCAGCCGCUGGCAAGGGCCCCGGCGUUCAGCAGCCCAAACCAGCCAGCUUGGGCCGCGGGCGGGGAGCAGCCGCCGCCAUCCUCAGCUUGGGCAACGUGCUCAACUACCUGGACAGGUACACCGUAGCAGGCGUCCUUCUGGACAUCCAGCAGCACUUUGGGGUCAAGGACCGUGGCGCCGGCUUGCUGCAGUCAGGUGGCAUUCCAGAAUGCACAGUGCCAGCCCUCCACGACCGGUGGCCACAGCCACUCAGCCAGACUCAGCACCGUCCUCAUUUCCCAGAAGGGGUCUUCAGGACUCACAGAGUGUUCAUCUGCAGCUUCAUGGUGGCUGCCCCCAUCUUUGGCUACCUGGGCGACCGCUUCAACAGGAAGGUCAUCCUCAGCUGCGGGAUUUUCUUCUGGUCGGCGGUCACGUUCUCCAGCUCCUUCAUCCCUCAGCAGCACUUCUGGCUGCUGGUCCUGUCUCGCGGGCUGGUGGGCAUCGGCGAGGCCAGCUACUCCACCAUCGCACCCACCAUCAUCGGCGACCUCUUCACCAAGAACACCCGCACACUAAUGCUGUCUGUCUUCUACUUCGCCAUCCCACUGGGCAGCGGCCUGGGCUACAUCACCGGCUCCAGUGUGAAGCAGGCGGCUGGAGACUGGCACUGGGCCUUGCGGGUGUCCCCCAUCCUGGGCAUGAUCACAGGAACACUCAUCCUCUUUCUGGUCCCGGCCACUAAGAGAGGCCAUGCUGACCAGCUCGGUGGGCAGCUCAAGGCACGGACAUCGUGGCUCCGAGACAUGAAGGCUCUGAUCCGAAACCGCAGCUACGUCUUCUCCUCCCUGGCCACGUCGGCUGUGUCCUUCGCCACAGGGGCCCUGGGCAUGUGGAUCCCGCUCUACCUGCACCGCGCCCAAGUCGUGCAGAAGACGGCAGAGACGUGCAGCAACCCGCCCUGUGGGGCCAGGGACAGCCUCAUCUUUGGCGCCAUCACCUGCUUUACGGGUUUUCUCGGUGUGGUCACUGGGGCAGGAGCCACGCGCUGGUGCCGCCUGAGGACCCAGCGGGCCGACCCACUGGUGUGUGCGGUGGGCAUGCUGGGCUCUGCCAUCUUCAUCUGCCUCAUCUUCGUGGCUGCCAAGAGCAGCAUCGUGGGGGCCUAUAUCUGCAUCUUUGUUGGGGAGACGCUGCUGUUUUCUAACUGGGCCAUCACUGCGGACAUCCUCAUGUGUGUGGUCAUCCCCACAAGACGGGCCACUGCUGUGGCCCUGCAGAGCUUCACCUCCCACCUGCUGGGGGACGCCGGAAGCCCCUACCUCAUCGGCUUUAUCUCCGACCUGAUCCGCCAGAGCACCAAGGACUCCCCGCUCUGGGAGUUCCUGAGCCUGGGCUACGCCCUCAUGCUCUGCCCCUUCGUCGUGGUCCUGGGUGGCAUGUUCUUCCUCGCCACCGCACUCUUCUUCCUCAGCGACCGCGCCCAGGCUGAGCAGCAGGCUCUCCCACCUCCCUCUGGGGCUGACGAGGUCCCUGCCCAGCACGUCCGGUCCACCGGCCCCCGUGAUGCGAUGUGCCAGAGCAGUGCCCAGGCCCGGCCCCCGCUGAUCCGCCACCUUGACCCCCGCCCGUCUCUCCCCCAGGGUGAACCAGCUGGUGAUGCCGCCAGCAUCUGUGAAAGUCUGAGGCGGUGCCGCUGGGACAACGAAGAACCCUUGCUCCUACCUAGUCUGGGAGGUGUCCCACGGCAUCCCGGCCCUGCUGGGCUGUCCCGAAGCUUUCCGUGUGACCCACAGCUGGGCACCCACCGGCUCUGGUCUGGGACUGCUGAGUGGCCGUGGCUCCCAGAGGCCAUGUCCUCGACUGACCUGGAAGGCUAUGUCUGUUGGAGCCACGCUGUCAGACUCCCAGGCCUGGGUCUGGGCUGCAGGAGUCCUGGGGCCCAGGAAGAAGACAGACCCCGGUGGGUGCGUGGGGAGAGGCUGGCCUGUCCUCGGCCUAUGUGAUCCUGGGGACGUCUCUGCCCUCGCCAGACCGUGGGGCCAGGGGGCUGGAUUUUCCUACCCAGCUUGCUGGGCAAGGCACUAUCUGCAGCUUGGAAGAUCCAACAGCCCAUGGACUGCACAGAGAAAGGGUGGCCCAGGCCGCAGGGCGGCGCUUCAGGCUCUGAGGCGCCCUUAAGGGCCUGGCCCGUGAGGACUACAGCUUUUCAGCUAAGCCUCUGACCUCGGGGAUGUUGGACUGGGCACUUCCAGCCAGGCUGGUCACUCUGGAGGACAGCUGUCUUCCCUACCUUGAGCUGGCUGUCAGCUCAGCCUGGAGGUCUCCCAGGUGGGGACCAUCCCCAGACUUGGAGUGGGCAUCACCAGGGGUGAAGGCCUUGGUGACAAAGACAGACCACCUGUGCCCCAGGCUUGAGACCUUGGGGGUUCCCCACCCCUAACAGGGCUCCUUGGAUCCACUGUAGCACCCCACUGUCCAUCUCCUCCAUGACCCCCCCCCCCACAGAAGCCAGGAACUGACUCCUGCCCCCAGGCUGGGCCCCUUUCCAGGGGCAGGGCACAGGGGACUGUUCCCAGAAUCCAUGGGGCAGCAGCCAGGGCUCUGGCUGCCAGAGGAAGCAGCCAUCCACUAAGCUUCCUGUCCCAGGGAUUAGCCUGGUAGAGGUUGAGGCCCAUGGGGAGAGGCCAACGCCCUGAGCCACCUCCAUGCAAACACCGGCUGCUGCUUCCCCCACAGCCCAGGACUCACCCAGCCUCUGACCAUGCCUCCCUAGUCGCCACGCACCAGGGUGCAGCUGCCAACUUCACACCAGGCUGCCGGCCCCUGGGGUGGAACUUAACCAUCCUCUCUGCUCCACACACUCCCUCCCUGUACCUUCACUGGAAUCAAGGUGGUUCUGGUCUGGGGACGCCCCUGUGGCCAGCAGGAGUCUCUCAGAGCCAGCUUCAAGCUCUCUGCCUGUAGUUGCUGGCAUGGCUUCAGUGGUGGGUAAACUGGUGGAAUACCCACUCCCCAUCAAGCUCUGGGGCACCCUGCGGGGCCUGACUAGGGAGGGGUGGGAUCCCCCAAAGACCAGCCUGGCCUCCACUCCCACCCCGGCCUCAACUGGGGCCCCAGCAAUGUUUUCUUGUUGUACAAGAACCAGGUCUGUGUGUUGCUUCCUCUUCCUUCCGGAAGCCAAACUGCUCCUUUAUUUUUUAGAGCUGCUGAUUGUGAAUCUCAGAGUCUUAAGAGAGAAGCCAAAUAUAUUCCUCUUGUAAAUGAAGAAAUAAAGCUAUUUAAAUCA